AUGGCCAAUAAAGCAAGACCUUGCCCAUGCAACCUUGGAGACAGGUUUGACUAUGAAGGGCGGGGACAUGAAUUUUCUGUCGGACACAUCAGUGCUUACGUGAUCAAGCCUCCUCACCCUACCAGGAAAGCUGUCAUAGUGGUACACGACAUUUUUGGGUGGCAGCUACCAAAUACCAGAUUUAUAGCGGACAUGCUUGCAUCUAAGGGAUAUAUAGCAAUUAUCCCAGAUUUCUUUAAAGGGCAAGAACCUUGGAAACGAUCAAAUGACUGGGCUACAUAUGAUGAUUGGCUAAAAACACGAGAUUCCAAAAAUACCAACAGGGAAACAGACGUUGUCUUGAAAUAUCUGAAGAAACAAUGUCAUGCAAAGGAGAUAGGUGUCAUUGGAUUUUGCUGGGGUGGAGCUGUUGUUCAUCAUUUGAUGUUGAGAUAUUUGGAAUUUAAGGCUGGUGUAUCAAUUUGUGGAAUCAUCGGGUUUCACGAGGACAAUUACGAUCUUAAGAACCCCACCUUUUUCAUGUUUGCAGAGAACGAUGAUUUUGUUCCUCUAGACCAGGUUGCUGAAGUAGAGCGGAAGCUAAAAGAACAAUGCAAAACUGAUUUUGAAGUGAAAAUUUAUCCAGGACAAACCCAUGGCUUUGUACACCGCAAAAGAGAAGACAUUAAUCCUCAAGAUAGGCCUUUCAUCGAAGAAGCAAGGAAGGACAUGCUUAAUUGGCUGAACAGAUACAUCUGACAGUCUGUUAUAUGUUAAUACCAAUAACCAUUAAGAUAUUAGUUCUCCAGACACACUUUUCUAAUUUCUUUGAUGAACAAUUGUGUUGUAGUUCAGUCUGUGAUUGUGUCUGAUGUAAAUGAGGAUGAAAGGUUUUCUGAGCCUGUGUUUGAUGUCAAUGGGAAUGAUGGUUUUUCUGGGCCUGAGUCAAGCCCGGGUGUCUCAUGAACAGAGUGCUUCUCCUGAAGAUUCAUGAGGUUAAAUUCCUGGGAGAGGUCCACAGCAGUCUUUCUCUGAGAAACUGUCUUCUGAGGAUGAUUUGUCAGGUGCAGAAUUUAAUGAGU